AUAACGACUAUAGAGCGUAACAUUGCGAUUAGGAUGUUACGCGCUGGCGCAAGCUUCAAAGAAGUAGGUAAGGCUUUUUACCGUGACCCCUCCGCGAUUAGAAAAUUGCAGAAAAAGUUCAACCUUACCGGCAGUACUAAUGAUAAACCUCGCUCUGGGCGUCCAAGUAUACUAUCGCCUCAC